GAGAUACUUCCGGAAGUGACGUAGGAGUGUCAACAUGCAAGAUGGCGGCCCAUCACCGGCAGAAUACGGCAGGGCGGAGGAAAGUGCAGGUUUCCUAUGUUAUUCGAGAUGAAGUGGAGAAGUACAAUCGAAAUGGAGUCAACGCCUUGCAGCUGGACCCAGCACUCAACAGACUUUUCACGGCAGGGCGAGACUCCAUCAUCAGGAUAUGGAGCGUCAACCAGCACAAGCAAGACCCGUAUAUAGCAUCUAUGGAACAUCAUACUGACUGGGUCAACGACAUCGUGCUCUGUUGCAAUGGGAAAACAUUAAUAUCUGCUUCUUCUGAUACAACAGUAAAAGUAUGGAACGCACAUAAGGGAUUUUGCAUGUCAACAUUAAGGACACAUAAGGAUUAUGUAAAGGCCUUAGCAUAUGCCAAGGAUAAAGAGCUGGUGGCAUCAGCUGGGUUGGACAGACAAAUAUUCCUGUGGGAUGUGAAUACUCUAACAGCACUGACUGCCUCAAAUAACACUGUCACAACUUCUUCUUUAAGUGGGAACAAAGAUUCCAUUUACAGCCUGGCAAUGAAUCAGCUGGGAACAAUCAUUGUAUCAGGGUCCACUGAGAAGGUUUUAAGAGUAUGGGAUCCAAGAACCUGUGCAAAAUUAAUGAAGCUUAAAGGGCACACAGAUAACGUGAAAGCAUUGCUGUUGAACAGAGACGGCACCCAGUGCCUGUCUGGCAGUUCUGAUGGGACCAUUCGCCUUUGGUCCCUUGGUCAGCAGAGAUGUAUAGCAACUUACCGAGUCCAUGACGAAGGUGUUUGGGCUCUGCAAGUCAAUGACGCCUUCACACACGUGUAUUCUGGAGGAAGGGACCGGAAGAUUUAUUGUACAGACCUAAGAAACCCUGACAUUCGAGUGCUGAUUUGUGAAGAAAAAGCACCAGUUCUUAAGAUGGAGCUUGAUAGAUCAGCUGAUCCCCCUCCUGCAAUCUGGGUUGCGACAACUAAAUCUACAGUAAAUAAAUGGACAUUGAAGGGAAUUCACAACUUUAGAGCUUCUGGAGAUUAUGACAAUGACUGUACAAACCCUAUAACACCCCUUUGUACACAACCUGACCAGGUUAUUAAAGGCGGUGCUAGUAUUAUUCAGUGCCACAUUCUUAAUGAUAAGAGACACAUAUUAACCAAAGAUACCAAUAAUAAUGUGGCAUAUUGGGAUGUAUUGAAGGCAUGUAAAGUGGAAGAUUUGGGAAAAGUGGAUUUUGAAGAGGAAAUUAAGAAAAGAUUUAAGAUGGUGUAUGUGCCAAAUUGGUUCUCAGUAGACUUAAAAACAGGGAUGUUGACUAUUACUUUGGAUGAGAGUGACUGUUUUGCUGCUUGGGUGUCUGCAAAAGAUGCCGGCUUCAGCAGCCCCGACGGGUCGGAUCCAAAAUUGAACUUAGGAGGCCUUCUACUCCAGGCACUCCUAGAGUACUGGCCCAGGACACACGUGAAUCCCAUGGACGAAGAAGAAAGUGAAGUGAACCAUGUAAACGGGGAGCAGGAGAACCGAGUGCAGAAGGGAAAUGGAUAUUUCCAAGUGCCCCCACACACCCCUGUGAUCUUUGGAGAAGCCGGAGGCCGCACGCUGUUCAGGCUGCUCUGCCGGGAUUCCGGAGGGGAGACCGAGUCGAUGCUCUUGAAUGAGACAGUGCCGCAAUGGGUAAUUGACAUCACUGUGGAUGAUAAAUUCCUAGAAGUGGAAUUGCUGGAUCAAAGGAAAAAUAUGCCCAAAUUCAACAAAAUUCCUUUCUACCUCCAACCUCAUGCAUCUUCAGGAGCAAAAACCUUAAAAAAAGAUAGACUCUCUGCUAGUGACAUGCUCCAAGUCCGGAAAGUAAUGGAGCAUGUUUACGAGAAAAUCAUCAACUUGGAUAAUGAGUCUCAAACCACCAGCUCUUCUAAUAAUGAAAAACCAGGAGAACAGGAAAAAGAGGAGGAUAUUGCUGUGUUGGCAGAGGAGAAAAUUGAACUUUUGUGCCAGGACCAGGUUCUGGAUCCAAACAUGGACCUUCGGACAGUAAAACACUUCAUAUGGAAGAGCGGCGGUGACCUCACCCUACACUACCGGCAGAAGUCCACGUGAAGGGCGGACGAGCCUCCUGGGUAUCCGUGUACUGACCUUCCUCUGGCCCCAAGAGUAGUCCUAGGAAGCCCACUGAGCCCCAGCGGGGGCAAGACUUCUAACGGCCGAUUGGGUAUGGACCAAGAUUCUCUUUCAAUUGAAGUGACUAAUCGAAAUGUAAUAUAGAAACCAGUCUCCUUGUGUAGAUUAAGCUGUCCCCAGGGAGGCAGCCUAUGAGAGCAGAGGAAUCCCCAGCCAACUAUGUCUUGUGAGGUGUACAGAGAACUGAGGACAGGCCGGUGCAGACUUGGCCUCCUCCUGUUAUUUCAAAGGACCUUAUCUUUGUCUGUUAGCACUUGUUAGAGACACAGCUGUAAGGCCGUAUCUGUCACUGUGUUUCAACUUCACACACGUUGUGUAGCUUUUCUAAGAGUACAUUCCAUUCAUGCAGUACUUAGGAAGGCUUUUCCAAGUUUGUCAUUAAAAACAAACAAAUUGUUCCCACCAUUGAAGACAGUUAUUUUUAAUAGGAACUUGCCGUUGCACAAUUCUAGAGCCAGCCCAUUUCAUAGUAAGUGAUUAUUGUUGGGCUUGUUUUUAAUACUGCACCCAAGAUGUGUUCUUACAGGAGGAUCUGUUGGGCCUCCAGGGGCUGGAUCACAGCACUGGGAGUGUUGUGCCCGGUGAGCGGCACCGACCGCAGGGCCCCAGACUGUACGGCGGCCACAGGGAGGUACGGCUGUUUCACUCCUUCCUCCACUGUGUCGUUUAUUUAGGGACAAAGCUAAGUGACAUCACAGGUUCUUGCUCUGGGCAAGCAGCGUGGCACCAUCAGAACUUAAAGACAAUGGUGAAAUUUAAACUUCAUUUAAAUGCUACCUAAAUGUAUGGUGUCAGUAAAAGGAUGUCAUGGUUAUUUUGGUAAUUCAUAGCCUGGAAAUACACGUAUUUGUUUAUCCAGAAUUUUAUAUGCAGGUUUUUUUUUGCUGUUGUACCUAUAUCCAGAUUUCUUUUCACUGUUCUUUCUAACAAUCUAAAGCUUUCAUAGAAUCAUUCGGAUAUUGUACAGAACGUAACUUAUUGGAGAUAAACACUUCAACUUUUGGCAGAACACACUUUGGACUCUCCCCAAGGCCAUUUGUAUUCAUACCAGAACAAUGGUUCCCCCCCCCCCCCCCCCCCCGCAAUCAAACUC